UUCAAUGUUGAUUAACUGAAAAAUAUUCGGGUGCUGUUUAGUUUUGUGCCAAACGAUUUCGGGCUAUUGCGCCCAAUGAAGUGACCGAUCUAAAAAAUUUCCACACACUUGUCAAGUGUCUAGUGUCUACACUUUAUUCUAACACCUACUUUUGUAAUUUUGCCCGCUAAUUUAUUUGGAAAUUCGAUUUGAAAUCUAAUUAAUCAAAAUUUGUUAAAAAAAAACCUUGAAAAGUACGCCCGCGACUUUGGUUGCGUAGGCAAAUUAAAUGGCGUAGUUCAGCUGUCAAACUCCAAUAACUGUAAGAAGGAUGAGAGACAAAAGGAAAUAAGAUAUAAGCCAGAUGCAUUAAAAAUAUAACCUUUUUAUGGCUUGACUUAAAAUUGCAUUCCAGUUUGUACGCCAAAUUUUACGAGUUAAUUCAUUUCGGUUUCUGCCACUUAGUUUCUUCGUUGUUUUAUUAAAAUGUCUGAUGAUCGUCCUUCCACUAGCGCCAGCGCAAGAAAUUCGCAGAAAGGCGGCGAAUGGAAUUUUGCGCGUAUGGUACUGGAGUUAAGAACCCAUGAGCAGGGGGCACAAUUCGCGGUGGAGCAUGGGUUGAUCCGGGGUACAAUGCUGUGCCCCUUCCAUAAAGUACGUAUGAAUUGGCGAAAGGGCGGAAAAUUUGGGUACUUCGUAUGCCAGCGUGGCAAAUGCGCCAAAAGGCCCCGUAUUUCGGUAGCUGCAGCGACGUGGUUCGAGGGAGUCCGGAUAAGCGUCCCCCACGUAUAUUAUUUGAUGUAUUGCUUUGUGGAGAAUUUUACCCGCGAGAUGAUUCUACGUCAAGACUAUGUGAAGGAGGGAAAAACUCUCUCAUCUGCGACUAUAACCGACUGGUACAGUUAUUGUAGAGAAGUCGUUGUAAUAUACCAGUUGGACCACCAAGAAGCCACCGGAAAAAUUGGUGGUCCUGGGAAGAUAGUCCAGAUUGACAAGAGUGAAUUUGGAAAGCGGAAACUCAACAAAGGCAGAGGAGUGGAGGGUCACUGGGUCCUGGGCAUGAUCCAAGAUGGCAGUGAGGACCUACGUCUAGAAGUAUGCCCAGAUAACUGCAUAUCAGAGAAUAUUCUUAUUCCGCUGAUCAAAAAGCAUGUGGCCGAGGGGUCUAUUAUAAGGACGGAUUUCUUCAGCGCACAUGAUUGUCUUUCUGAGAAUGGAUUCAUCGCAGAAGACGGGACCCACAGCCAGCGAAUUCAAUCGCAAUGGAGGGUGGUGAAACGCUUUUUUUCUGCGCGCAAUUAUAAUCACACCGGGAAUUUCGCAGAUAUGGUGGUAGAGUACCUGUGGAGGCGUAACAUUAAAAAGACCAAAAAGGACCCUUUUUUGGCAUUAGUUGAGGCCAUUAACUAUGUUUAUAAAUUAGAAUUAAAAUAAUAAAUAUAACCUACGCUCCAUUUAUUUUUAUUACUUUUCAUAACGUUGGGACCGUCCCCUUUCUAAUGGGACUAAUGGGGAUGACUGAACAUAUUCCAAAUAUGCAUUUUAUUUAAAUAUUAUU